GGGGUCAGUUUUUGGGGUCAAUUUGGGGUCAAUUUUUAGGUAAUUUUGGGGUAAUUUUGGGGCCAUUUUGGGUGAAUUUGGGGUUCAUUUUGGGGUCACUUCUGUGGCAUCCCCCUCAUUCCUGUCCCCCCACAGGUGACGCGAGGGGGCCCCCCCUGGCCCCGCCCUCCAUGGCCCGGCCCCGCCCCCCCAGACCCCCCCCCGGGCCCCUCUGACCCCCCCCAAAGUCGGGAGACCCCAAAGGCCAUGUCCGGGGACUACGAGGAGGACGUUUGCCGCAGCGCGCUGCGCCUGGUGCACGAGCUCUGCUUCGCCCCCCGCGCCCGCCCGCCCCACGCGCGCUGCCUCGAGUUCACCGACCUGCUGCGGCACCGCGGGCACCCGCGGCCCGCGGAUACAGAGGUGUCGGUGUCGCUGCUCUCUGUCAUCGUCACCUUCUGCGGCCUGGUCCUGCUCGGCGUCUCCCUCUUCGUCUCCUGGAAGCUCUGCUGGGUCCCCUGGCGCCACAAGGGGGGUCCCGGGGGGGGCCCCCCGAGGAAAGACCCCCCCCAAGGCGGCCUGGGGGGGCCGGGGGGGGCUCCGGGCCCUUUUGGGGACCCCCUCCCCGACCGGGGGGACCCCCCCGAGCCCCCCCCCGAGCGCUGCUACCUGGACAUGGGGCCCUGCCCCGAAAUUGGGGGGGGGUCCCGGGGCUUGGCCCCGCCCCUGGCCACGCCCCUCCCCCUGCCCGGCUCGGGACCCCCCCAGGGCCCCCCCGAGUUUGGGGGGGACGGUGGGGGAGGGGCGGGGGGGCUGCCCAGCGUCCCCUCGCAGCAGCUCGGGGGGGGGAUGGGCGGCAGCUCGUCGCUGCCCCCGGUGCCCGAGGAGCCCCCUGCCCACCUGGGCCAGAUCCAGCCCGAGCUCUACGGCCCCGCCGGUGACGCCGAGCCGGGCGGUGCCCGCGGUGGUGGCCCCGGUGGCGGCCCCGGCGGUGGCCCCGGCGGUGUCCCCGCGUCCCCUCCGUGCGGGCGCCUGCAGGUGUCCCUGCGCUACUCGUACGGCUCCCAGCAGCUGCUGGUGCGCGUCCUGCGCGCCCGCGACCUGCCGGCCAAGGACUCCAACGGCUUCUCGGACCCCUACGUGAAGAUCUACCUGCUGCCCGACCGCAAGAAGAAGUUCCAGACCAAGGUGCUGAGGAGGACGCUGAACCCCGAGUGGGACGAGACCUUCAGCUUCGGGGUGCCCUUCGCCGAGCUGCCGGCGCGGCGGCUGCACUUCAGCGUCUACGACUUCGACCGCUUCUCGCGGCACGACCUCAUCGGGCAGGUGGUGAUGGACAACCUGCUGGAGGCGGCCGAGGCGCGGCCCGAGGUGGCCAUCUGGAAGGACAUCCAGGAGGGCACGGGGGAGAAGGCCGACCUGGGCGAGGUGAACUUCUCGCUCUGUUACCUGCCCACGGCCGGGCGCCUCACGGUCACCGUCAUCCGCGCCUCCAACCUGCGCGCCAUGGACCUCACCGGCUACUCAGACCCCUACGUGAAGGCCUCGCUGAUGGCCGAGGGCCGGCGGCUGAAGAAGCGCAAGACGUCCAUCAAGAAGAACACGCUGAACCCCAACUACAACGAGGCGCUGGUGUUCGACGUGCCCCACGAGAGCGUGCACCACGUCAGCCUCACCAUCGCCGUCGUCGACUACGACUGCAUCGGGCACAACGAGGUGAUCGGGCUGUGCCGCGUGGGCAGCGACGCCGACGGCCCCGGCCGCGAGCACUGGGCACAGAUGUUGGCGAACCCCCGAAAGCCCAUCGAGCACUGGCACACCCUGGUGGAGGAGAAGGCUCUGACCAAGGCGGCCCCGCGGGACAAAGCGGCCCCGGGAGAGGCCCUGGGCCCGCCCUGAGCGGGCGGAGCCGCCGGGGCCGCCGGGCCGAAGCCAUGGGGGCCCCCCCGGCCCCCCCCGGGCCCCCCCCGGGCCCCCCAAGACACGGGGGGGCCCCGCCCCCCCCCACUGUGAACCCCCAAAAUACCGGGGGGGGUGGGGGGGGGGAGGGGAACCCCCCCCCAAAAAAAUGGGGCUCCCCCCCCGCCCCUCCCCCA